GUAUUCAUCAAUUCCAUGAUUCGUUUCUUGUUAAUAAUCAUCAACCCAAAAAUUCGAAAAGCAUCCGUGCUGAGACCAAAAUUCUUCUUGCUUUCUCCCAAAAAUUGCAUGCAAAGCUGUGCAAAGCGCAGACUGCAGUAACUGCGUUUCUACGGCUGCAAGAGUUGAAAAAAAAAAGUGAAGAAAGGAGAGGUAUGACAAAUAUAAGUUUGCUGUACUUAUAAAUAUACAUAAGUCUGAAUGUAAAAGAUUUUCCUUUGAAAGUACAGAGGCAUGUAAAGUAGUUUUUUUGAAACCAUGUUUUCAUAAAGAGCGAACAGUUUAGAGAAGGGAACAACUGUGAGCGGUGAGUGUUUGAUAAAAUGCAUGUGAGAGAAAAUUUAUAUAUAUAUAUAUAUAUAUAUAUUUAAUUGUGGUAUUUUUCUUGUCUUGGCUGUGGUGUCCCCUCCCUACCAGUGGGGGAAGCAAUGGAGAGUGGAAAGUGGAGGUAGAUAAAAAGACGAGAGAAAGUGAUAAAAGUAAAAAUGCGUCAACGAAAGGAUGUGUGAAGUGAAAAUGGGAAAAAGUUGUCCUUACUAGGCAAUGCCUGGCAAAGGUGACUGUUGUCUCAAAUCAGGAACAGAGAGAGGGUAAAGUCAAAAUUAAAUUCAUUUAUUAUAGGAAGUUGAUUGAGACCAUCACCUUGUCCUUCGCCCUUUCCCUUCCCUUCUACCCUCUUUUGUUUUCUUUUCACCCACUCCUCCUUCUCCCUUUGUGUCUUUCUUUCUUUCCAUUUAACGCUCCUUUUUUAAGGGAAUCUUUCUCUGCAUCCACAUGUACCAUCCUGAUUUCACGCUUUUUUUAAGGUCUAUGCACUAUAUAGACUGCCUCAUCCCCAACGCUAUGAUAUAUGUAAACUAAUAUUAAAUGCCAUGCUGCUACCCAGCCAUAACAAUUCAUCUUUUAUUUUAUCAACCAAAAACAUAAAAUGCUUAAUUUCUACUUUGUAAAUUCGACGUCGCAUUAUAAUUGUCGCAUUAUUAAAAACUGGUACGAACUUUGCAAAUGAGUUUUUCUUAUCCAUGCAAUGCAACAUUAAUAACGCACUCCCACUCACUCUCUUUCGCUGGCCAUUUGUCGUUCAAUUUCAUUCUGGUGCGAGCAUUAAGAGUUUCUGGGGCCUGCUGGGUACCUUCAUUCCUCCGCUAGCCACCCUUAUCAAAAGCAACUUGGAGCAUGGACGUUAAUGUUAAUGUUCGUUCACAAAGAGGUGGCAACAGAGAGACCAGCCCAGACCGUGCCAAAAUAUGCAGGUUGAAGCAUAAAGUGAAACCAUCCAGAAAAGUUCAAGUCGUGUACUACCUCUCCCGAAACGGCCUUUUGGAGCACCCCCAUUUCAUGGAGGUCACCCUUUUGCCUAAUCAACCUCUCCGUUUAAAAGAUGUCUUCGAUCGGCUCAUGGCUCUCCGUGGGAGUGGCAUGCCUUUGCAAUAUUCAUGGUCUAGUAAAAGAAACUACAAGAGCGGUUAUGUGUGGUACGACUUGGCUCUGAAGGAUAUAAUACAUCCCGCAGAAGGAGGCGAAUACGUGCUCAAAGGAUCUGAGCUCGUCGAAGGAUGCUCUGAGAGGUUCAAUGUGAGCAACAAACAGGGAAUCCAUCAGCAGGGAGAUGGAAACUACAGCUAUAGUUACGAUUCAAGGAGCAAGGCGUUGGGUGUGUGCAACAAGCCGCAGCAGAAGGAGCGUGAGGAGUACGAGGAUUACGAGGAGGGAGAGAAAACAAGCUACACGAGUUCCACCACUACCCCACACUCGCGUUGCUCCAGAGGCGUGUCCACGGAGGAACUGGUUUACGAAGAGGAGAAUAACAACGGGAACACAACGAAGGUGGGUGUUGGUGCGAAAACAAAGAACGACAAUGAUAAGAAUUUGGCAGGCGGUGAGGGUGACGCGCGGAGUGAGAAGGUGAAGCGGAGGGAGGAUGGGGAUGGGUCUGUAUCGAGCCGUUACUCCGUUCUGCUGCAACUGAUAGCGUGUGGGAGCGCAGGGACGGAGUUGAAGGGGAAGCAGGGGCCGCGGCUGAGCGAUGUGGGGACCAAAGAGAGGGAAAGGGAGAAGAAGAGUUUGUUUUGGGAAGAGGGUGAUAGUGAGAUAGUGAAUUGCGUGUCGGAGAAUCCGAGGAUGUUGGGGAAUUUGCAGGCAGAUGAGAAGGAGUACUUCAGUGGAAGCUUGGUAGAGUCAAUGAAAGCGAACCGAGUAGCGUUCCAGGAUGAGCCUGUGCUGAAGAAGUCCAAUUCCUACAACGAAGAAAGGAGAAGUAGGCUUGGGAUGGAAGAGGUGAAGGCGAAAGUGGUGGUGGAGGAGGAGGAGGAGAGGGUGGUGAAGGGUGGAGGAGUGAAAGAGAAAUGCAUCCCUCUGAUGAAAUCUCCGAAACAGAAUAGUGGUAGGAAAUGAUGUGGUGACAUGAAUCUAUAUCGUUAAGUAGAGCAUUUAAUUAGGGAUUAAGGGCUGAUUGCCUGCAUCAUUAAUUUGUUUUCACUUUUUAAUUCCCUCUAAUCACUGUUCUUCUGCUACCAACUGUUGCUGCAUAUUAUUAGGCUCACACAUAAAAUAAUAAUGUCGUAGAAAGUAGAAACCAUAAACACGUUGGUCUUUCACCUCGUAUCACCCACACCAUCACCCUGACAUCAACUUUUAUGCUUUCUUCGAUAAGGAAAGGGAAAGAAAUAGGAUUUUUAAAAUCC